GCGUGUACAAUUAAAAAUGUAAAAAUGGUCAUGUAUUGUCAGCUAGCCUCCCCCCCAAAAAAAAAUGUUCGGCGGCCUCUUUAACGCGAUUUCGGCUCGACCUCCCCCGCCCCCAGUCAUUAUGCGCAUACGGUAUAUACCAUACCGGUAAUUUUUUUUUAAUUCAGCUUUCCAUGCAUGGAAUUAAAAGCAGUUCUUGAAAAUACCGGAUCGGUACACCGGCGCGGCCGCGCCGUAUCACGUAUACGGGGGCGCCGGGCGGCACAACCAACACCAAGAUGUCUGCGCUCUUUGGCUUCAGGUGGUGUGGAUCAAGGUCACAGAUAUUGUUUAAUAUCUAUGGGAAAAGGUUGCAGGCACCGGUGUCGAAGAGGCUGAUCCAUAAAACUGCAGGUGUCUUAUCGGUUUCAGACUCUGAGUUCACAGCAGCUCAGGAUAGAUUGAACUCAUUGAAAGAAGACCCGGGUAACGAAGUGAAGCUUCAGAUAUAUGCCCUAUUCAAACAGGCAACUACUGGCAAGUGCAACAUCUCUAAACCAGGAGCUUUCAACAUUGUCGCGAAGGCUAAGUGGACUGCUUGGGAUUCUUUAGGCGAUAUGUCACAGGACCAGGCGAAAGAGAAAUAUGUUGGCAUCGUCAAGGAUCUCGCAGGACAGGAAGGAGGUGAAGCAGAGGUGGCCUCGACAUCAGAAGGAGCUCUGUCUUUCACUGGACUCAAGUAUACAGUGGAGAAUGGGGUUGCAACCAUUACUCUCAACAGACCUAACAAGAAGAAUGCUGUAACCACCGAGAUGUAUUCAGAAUGGGUAACUGCUCUUGAUACAGCCGGAGCAGAUGACAGCGUGGUCUUGGCUCUAAUUACAGGUGCUGGUGACUUUUAUUGUAGUGGGAAUGACCUCAACAACUUCAUGAAAAUAGACCCGAGUGAUUUAUAUGAAGAAUCUGUAAAGGGUAGCCACCUGCUCGAGAGAUAUGUUAAUUCAAUGAUAGAUUUCCCCAAGCCUUUGAUUUGUGCUGUUAAUGGUCCAGCAGUUGGUAUCGCAGUCACUACGCUGGGGCUAAUGGAUGUUGUCUAUGCUUCAGAUACGGCAACGUUCCAUACACCUUUUGCAACACUUGGUCAGAGUCCAGAGGGUUGUUCAUCAUACACAUUCCCUCAGAUGAUGGGAUCAGCUAAGGCCAAUGAGUUCUUGCUGUUUGGUAAGAAGUUGAACGCGCAGGAAGCUUUUGAUCGUGGUCUGGUUACAGAGGUCAUUCCCGCUGCUCAGUUCAGAGAAACAGUGGACAGCAAGGUCAAGGAAUACGCUCAACUUCCAAGAAAUGCCUUAAGACUUGCCAAGAAUCUGAUCCGGGAAACGGAGAAAGAGCGCCUCCAUAAAGUGAACCGAGCAGAGUGUGACCUCCUUAUUGAGAGAUGGACGUCAGACGAGUGUGCCCAGGCCUUAAUGAGCUUUUUCUCCAAAUCAAAACUAUAAAGAUAAUCCAACUCCUGAUUACUCCUCUCUCCAUGUUCACAAAUGUUUGAAAAUUUGACUAUCAACAUAGAAAGCUUCAGUUGUUUCUGGAAGCCGUGCUGGGAGCUUUUUAUGUUGAUAAUCAAAUUUGCAGAAUUGUUACGCACAAGUGCCAAUCCACCAUUGUGCACUCAAUACACAUAAUUUCAUGCCCAGAAGUGUAAAUGUAUUGCAGACCUUCCUGUUGGCAUUAAUAUUUCUCAGAUUUGAAGUUUAUUUCUGUUAAAGGAGUUUGUUUGGGUUGUGUGUGAGGGUUAAAGUUAUUAAUUCAUAUUGCAAGCAAAUAUUGGAAUACUAGUACAUUACCUCAUAAAUUUAAACAAUGUCCUUUUAUUGAUGUGUUGAAGAAGAUGCUCAAAUUUCAGAUUUAUAUAUAUAUAUAUAUAUAUAUAUUGCAAGUAAUACUUCAUUUUGUGUAGUUUUAUUUCAAGUUUUUACCGAUUGUAUUUGUUUUUGUCAUUUGUCAUGUAUGGCGCUUUGUAACUUUUUGAAAAAGCGCUUAAUAAGAAGCAAUUAUUAUUAUUAUUUUGUUGAUGAUGUCAUGGAUGAAUGACCAGGGAUGAAGCUAUAUGCUAACCAUGCUCUCCGAUAUAGGGGGGGGGGGCAUGAGGAAACACAGUAGCCUCUACAUGAAAAAUUAUUUAUCUUUGCAGGAAACUGUAUAAUGAACAGAACUGAGCCAAUAUACUACAAUUUCAUUUUGACUGUGUCAGCAUGAGGCUGGUACAAUAAAUCACACAAAGAAGUGUUUACACAUUCUUCAUAAACAGUAAAAAGCUAUAACAUCAGAAAUGUCCCUAAAUUAUAUAAAAAUCAAAGAUAACAUUUACUGCAUAGUAUACUUUGUCAAACUUGACUUAAUUAUGAUAAAUGUGUCCUAAAUGUAUUGAAUACAUGUAUGAAAAUACAAGUUUCAAGGAUCUAAUUUAAACAAAUGCUAACUGUUAUUAACCAAUGUGUAAUAAAAGUGAAGAGAAAGUUUUUUUUUUAAUUUAACUUUUGAAAGGUGAUCACGGUGUUUCAUCAUCUACUUCAAGGCUAUAAUCUUAUCAACUUAUGUAAAAUGUUGCAGUAUGGUUUGCUGAAAAGUGCAUUUGCAAAGCAAGAGCUGAAAUUUUAGUUAAUAUACGAACCUGAACACGGGGCAUUUUAAGGUCUGUAAAUAAAAUAGUACUCAAGUUUGGCAUCUCACUAAACAAAUAAUGUGAGCUUUCUGUAUUUUGGAGACAUUUGUAAUAUACUCAAAUGUUUUUCAGUGCAGGUGGCUGUACAUUUUCAGCAUAAAGAAUGGAAUGAAAACCGAACAGAUUAGAUCAUUUUUAAUUAGAUUCAUUAAUAAAAUACCUCUUUGACAUGGGCUCAAAGCCUAUCAUUUUACCAAUUUAUUGUAUAACACAUGUUAUGUAAAAAUGGACAAUCCAUUUGAGCUCCUAAUAAUUUGAUGCCCCCCAUGAAAAUAUUUUGGGCAAGCAUAAUGUUUUGCCCUCCUCCUCCUCGUAAAAGUAUAAUAAUAAUAAUUCCUGAAGUACAAAAUUAGAGUAAUUUCGUUAUAUAAAAUAUGAGUAUAAACAGCACAGUAAAAAGGAUGAUUUCUCCGUAAAUGGGUAAUGAUUCCAUCUAUCUUUGAAAUUUUUGUUCAAGUACAUUUAUGCAGGAAUUGAAAUAUUUAUGUAGAAAUAAAAUUAUUUUCUGCCAAUAAAGAAAUAUUAAUAUGACAAAUCCUUCUAUGUUAUAACUCCACUUUGUAAUCGUGGAAUAGUGUUAUUACCGUUUUUUGAGGUGUUCAUUUGUCGGGGGUAUUAUACAUAGAGAGAGAGGAAGAGAGAAUCAGAAAAUAUCUAUGAGAACUUAUUGAAAUACAUAUAAAUGAAUCAUGAAAGCAAAGCACAGAUUUUGGCAAGAGAAAACAAUCAUAAAAUAACUAGUAAUAGAUUGUGCCUCUGAAAAAAAAACAUUGGGAGGUGAACCAAGAACAGAUGAGGGAAGGGAGGGAUGAUUUGGCCUGAUAAGUGUCCUAUUGAUUGUAACUUUAUUUACUUUAUCCAUAUGGAAUUUAGGAGAACUUCUUGUAUGAUAAAGGUUAAUUAAUACAUGGUACUUAAUACAGGUGGAAGGAACUCCCGGGACGUCAUGGAAAUAGCAGUAAUUUAGUCGUGGAAUUUAUGCGGGAACCCUGACUGUAUAAUUAAAGGACAAGUCCACCUCAACACAAAAAGUUUAUUUGGAUCAGAAAAGAAAAAUCCAACAAGCAUACACUGAAAAUUUCAUCAAAAUCGGAUGUAAAAUAAGAAAGUUAUGACAUUUUAAAGUUUUGCUUAAUUUCACAAAAUAGUUAUAUGCACAUCCUGGUGGGUAUGCAAAUGAGCAGACUGAUUACGUCAUCCACUCACUAUUUCUUUUGUAUUUUAUUGUAUGAAAUAUUCUCAUUGUCAAGUGAAAUUAACUACGAUUAAUUCCUGCCUGAACAUGUGGUGAAUUAGCAUUGUGUUAUACUUUAUGAUUCAGUCAAGUUAAUUGGUCCUUAUUGUCAAAUUUGUAAAAAUUGAAAUAUUUUUAUUGUAAGUCGAGCAAUAAAAGCAAAAAUAGUAAGUGAU